GAUUACGAGGCAACAUGAAGGCAGCACCGUUGUAUCCAAUGCGCGCUCAUAUCUGCAGACAGUGCUAAUGUGGCUAAUGUAGCUAAUGUAAAUAACACUGAUUAGUCUUUAAUAACAGCACAGAGCUGUUUGCUUAGACAUUAGGUCAACAAAACAUAUUCACAUGUCAUCAGCUGAUGCUCGCGAGCCACGCUAAGAGGAGCUAUGGAUGCUAUCUGAGCUAGCUCUGUUGUUAGCAUCGUACCUUAAUAACAUGAGAUCUUGAAGGAUACACAUUGUGGUUUAACAUCACCAUGACUUCAGCUUCCACUAAAGUCGGAGAGAUUUUCUCUGCAGCUGGAGCAGCCUUCACCAAACUAGGAGAGCUUACCAUGCAGCUACACCCUGUUGCUGACUCCAGUCCUGCAGGCGGUCAGACGAAGAGCGCCGUGAAGAGGAAGCUGUACGAAGACGGCGCUCUGGCCCCCAUCUCCUCCUCCGAAGGGUCCAAGAAGUCUGUGAAGAAGACAGCAGCUGCUGCAGUAACUCCGACCGUCGUCUCCGUCCCCACAGCGAAGGUGGUGGUGACGUCGGGUCUGCAGGUCCCCUCCCACAGCAACCAGGCCCCACUGAAGAAACAGAAAACUGCAGACGUGACGCUGAGCGCUCUGAAUGACUCCGAUGUGAACAGCGAUCUGGUCGACAUCGAGGGACUGGGAGAGGGAUCGAAUGCCAAAAAGCUCAACUUUGAUCAAGACAACCUGAACCUUGACUCAACCCUCAUCAUGAACCCAGGAGACCUCCCUCUGCUCUCCCGCUGACCUCUCACUUCCUGUGGACAACUCUAUCAAAAUAAGACUCAUGUUUUGAUGAACUGCCGUGUCAUACAGGACUCGAAUCCAUCAGCACUGCCAGAAACCUGUUUGGAUCAUUUUCCUGUUUUAGUUUUUAUUUUCUUUGAAAUAAUUCCACCUGAAAAUCCUCAAGUUCAGAAGAGACGGAGGAGAUGAUGUGACGGUUCAACAAGGUCUACUUCCUGUUUCCUUAAAAAGACCUCGACUCGAUGAGUGAAGAAAACUCUGCACCCAGAGGGAAACGGAUUAAAAAGCUGGAAUGUUAACUGUAUUUCUGUCAGUCUUGUUGUGUUAGCUGAUUCAUAGAUUCAUACAGAAGCCUUAGAAGGACGUUUUAGAGAAGUGUUCAGUGUAUUUAGAAAAAUAAAAACAUGACGGUUUCUGUUUAUUUUCUUUUAAA